AUGGAUCCAUAUAGCCAACAUUCUAGCUUUCAAAACCUCUUAAACAGUCAAAACCCGAACAUCACUCAACACCCUUAUCAGUCUGUCCCUCUUGAGCCUAGUGUUGACCUCUCUGCGUCUGAUGCCUCUGUGUUCGGUUCACAAUGGACUGAAGAUGGCCAUGAAGAUGCAGAGACUGUGUCUGACCGUAAAGAGAGACGUAAAUGGUCACCAACAGAAGAUGGUGUGCUAAUAAGCGUUUGGUUGAACACCUCCAAAGACGCAGUGGUUGGGAAUGAGCAGAAAGCAAUUGCGUUUUGGAAACGAAUUGUUUCUUAUUUUGCUGCGAGUCCAAAGGUGGAUGGUUCUCAAAAGAGGGAGGCAACGCACUGUAAACAAAGGUGGGGGAAGAUUAAUGAAGGCAUAUGUAAGUUUGUUGGAUGUUAUGAAGCUGCAACAAAACAGAGAUCGAGUGGACAAAAUGAGAAUGACGUUUUGAAGAUGGCCCACGAGAUUUUCUACAAUGACUACAAGGUAAAAUUCACAUUGGAACAUGCGUGGUUGGAACUCCGCCAUGAUCAGAAAUGGUGUGGAGCUUCUUCAACUAAGGAUAAAGUUCAUUCUAAAAGAAGGAAGUUAGAUGAUCAAAGCGCACAUUCAUCAACGUGUGUGCCAGGAGAGGAUGAGCAACGGCCUAUUGGUGUGAAGGCAGCCAAGGUGAAAGGAAAAAGGUCAGUGAGCAAGCAAACGAACUUGGAAGAGGAAGGAAAAGAGAUUCAGAGCAUGUGGGAGCUUAGGCAGAAGGACUUUGCUCUCAAGGAUGCUCUAAACAAGCAAAAAUUGCUUGACAGCCUAAUUACCAAGACUGAGCCUUUAAGUGAACUCGAAAGUGCCUUACAAAAUAAGCUUAUUAAGGAUAUGUUGACAAGUUAG